CCGGUUCAUUUGGUUUCUUUUUUUCCUUGGUGGAAUUUCCUUGAAGCAGCUGAUCCAAAAAGGAUUCCAAAAGGGAUCCAGAAAUGGGUGCGAGUAAAUGGGAGUCAUUUAAGGAGAAUCCAUAGAAAACUUCACAUCCCUUCUGUAUUUCCCUGCAGGAGCCAAGAGACGGGACGGGAACUCUCAAGAGGCUCUCAGCCCGUCGCCACCCCCAGCACACCCUGGGCAGCACAAUCCGAGGAUGCCAACCUACCUCCACCCACCGCCGGGGCAAUGCCGCAUCUCGGCGUGGGCUGAGAAGCCUUGGGCCGCUCGCUAACGGAGCCGGGAGAGCUGGAAUUGGGGGGCUUCCAGGCGUUCGCACCCACCGCCUUUUCCCUGGGACCGAGCGUGACCGCAGGAGCAUCCUGGCAAAGCCCUAGGAGGGAGAAGGACCUGGCCAGUCCCUGGUGCCGUUGGGUCUCAAGGUGUUCUUGACCUUGCUGGCUACCUUGCUGGUGGAGUUGAGGGACGUGCUUGUCCCUGGAGGGCAUCAGGGAUGGCAGAAGCUGUUGGUGAUGCAGGUUUCAGCCUCAAGUGCAUUAAGGAUAAGAAAGUCCCCAUUGGGGUCACCCUGGUUGUAGCAGCGUUGCUUCUCGCCAUCAUCGCGCUGGCGGCUAAGAAAUGCCCGUCCUGUCCCUCCUGCCCUUCUCCCAUCCUUCCCAGCUGCCUGGAAAAUGGGAUCGGGUACCGGGAGAAGUGUUUUUACUUUGUGGAGAAUGAAGCAGACUGGAACAGGAGUCAACUCUCCUGCCUUUCUCUCCAAGCCCAUUUGGCCACCAUCGACACCCCGGAGGAGCUGCGUUUCCUCUUGCGCUACGGGACUUCAUCGCGCUACUGGCUCGGCCUUCGCAGGGAAGGCUCUGGACCUUGGGAAUGGUUCAACGGGUCUCUCUUCAACAACCCGUUCGACAUCCGGGGUGAGGGACAAUGCGCCUAUACCGACGUUGACGGGAUCAGCAGCGACUGGUGCUCCCGGAUGAAAUACUCUGUCUGCAGCCACCCGCAAAAGCGCCCCAGCGGGAUUCGGAAGGAUCCAGAAACCCCUCUGAAUUCCACCUGA